UCCUCACAUGCUCCUCUGCCCUGGCGAUACCACGACUCCAGGACGCCGACCUCAUCAAUAACCGAGGAACUAGAAGAAGCACUAACCUCUGCUUCCACAUCGUAGCCCACCAUGAAGGACGUCGAAGAUAUUCACCGUCCGAUGCUUAACAGCCUCCAGAGUACAUCAGCUAAGAUGAAGAAGAUUGUCCUCUCAGUCAAUGCUGGGUCCUCCUCCGUCAAGAUCUCAGCCUACAGCGCUCUCUUCGGCCAAGCGCCCAUCCAGCUUGCCGAAGCCCAAAUAAGCGGCCUGACCGCACCACCUCCCACCCUUCGAUACACACGGCAUGGCGAGAAAGUAAUCAACGACGAGGAAAUCAAAGAUCAAAAGGUGUCCACUCAAGCCGAUGCCUUCGAUAUCCUCGUCAAGGCCUUGAUCGACGACAAUGGUGUCCCCGAGAUCAGCAGCAAGGAGGACAUCGCCUACAUCUGCCACCGCAUUGUUCACGGCGGAGACUUUGUGCGGCCCAAGCUGAUCUCGGACGAAACCUACCACAACCUCGAGAAGCUAAACGACCUGGCGCCGCUGCACAACUCCACCAGCCUCGUCAUCGUCCACCGCUGCAUGAGCGACAUGCCCAAGACGACCUUUAAUAUCGCCUGCUUCGACAGCCAAUUUCACCACACCAUCCCCGAGCACAUCCGGACGUACCCCAUCAACCAGGACAUCGCGCGGAACAACCAUCUAAGGAAGUACGGCUUCCACGGCAUCAGCUACGCCUUCAUCACCCGUGCCACCGCCGAGUUUUUGGGUAAGAAGGUCGAAGACGUCAACAUCAUUGCUCUCCAUCUCGGAUCCGGAGCGAGUGCGUGCGCCAUCAAGGGCGGAAAGAGCCUUGAUAACAGCAUGGGAUUGACUCCCCUAGCUGGACUUCCUGGUGCCACGAGAAGCGGGAGUGUCGAUCCUAGUCUUGUCUUCCAUUACGCCAGCGACGUAGGCAAGCUCUCUCCGGCCUCCACGAAAGAUCUCCACAUCUCCCGAGCCGAAGAGAUCCUCAACAAGCAAUCCGGCUGGAAAGCUCUGACGGGCACCACCAACUUUGGCACCAUCACCGCCGCUUUGGACCCCUCCUCUUCAGACACCACCUCCCAUCUAUCUCCGGAAGAAGUCGCCAAAAUGCGUCUAGCAUUCGACAUCUUCGUCGAACGCAUCUGCGCCUUCAUUGGCUCAUACUACGUCUCGCUCCAAGGACAAGUCGACGCACUCGUGUUCGCCGGCGGCAUCGGUGAGAAGAGCGAUCGGCUGCGGGCAGCGGUCGUUGAGCAGGUUAGCUGUCUUGGGUUUGGACCCGUAGAUAAGGAGGCGAAUGAGACGAGGGUCAAAGAGGAGUUGGAUGAUAGUCAUGAUGUUAUCGAAAUUGCUCCUCCAAACUCAAAGAAGGGGAAAAGAGAUGGGAGAGAGCAUAGGGUUUUGGUUUGCAAGACUGACGAGCAGUUUGAGAUGGCGAGGGCAUGUGCCGAGGAUGGGGAAUUUUGGCGAUGA